UUUAAAGCCACAAACGGUAAUUGUUGGUCUUGUGAGAAUAACCAUCUUUGUCAGUGUUUUGUCAGAGAAGUGCUGUGAUUUCCUGUUGACAGCGAACGCCUCCUGUACCUGCAGAUCUCCACGUUUGUUGGUGCAGGAUUAGCUGAGUGUGCGUUCAGUGGGUAAUGAGCAGCAUGCUGACCAGGCGGAUAUGUGAGCGGUCAUUAUAAAUGCGGCUCUGAUCGGUCGGAUCACUUGUUAGAAAUCUGCUGCUGCUCAACACACAUUGCUCUCAGGUCGUGACAUCAACAUGAGUCCCAAACAUGUCGUCUUUAAGAAAGCGUCCCGCGACAAGUCGGUGGCGGUCUACAUGACCAAGAGAGACUUUGUGGAUCACUGUGACUUCGUGGAUCCUGUCGACGGAGUUAUUGUGAUCGACCCGCUGCAGCUUAAAGGAAAGAAAGUCUACGUGAUGCUGUCGUGUACGUUCCGGUACGGCCACCAGGACGUGGAUGUGAUGGGCGUGGCCUUCAGGAGGGACCUGUUCCUGGUGACCCGGCAGGUUUACCCCGAGCUGCAGGACAAAGAGAAGCUCACUCACAACAAGAUGCAGCAGAAGCUGCUCCUGAAGCUGGGAGACAACGCCUUUCCCUUCUUCUUUGAGUUUCCAGACAACCUGCCGUGUUCUGUUGCUCUGCAGCCGGGACCGUCUGAUGUGGGGAAGAAAUGUGCGGUGGAGUUUGAAGUGAAAGCUUUCUGUGGAGAAAACCAGGACGACAAGAACAAACAGAAUUCAGUCCACCUCAGCAUCCGUAAGAUCCAGUUCAGUCCAGAACUCAGUGAACUGGUCCCAGAGACUGAAACCACCUUUGAGUUCCUGAUGUCUGAGAAACCGCUACACGUCAGACUGAGCAUGAGCAAAGAGGUCUGUCUGUCUACCUGA